AUGUUUAGAGAUCCUUCAGUAGAGGGAGGGAUGCAGGCUACGUUCCGCUGUGGAAAGACUCACCUGGACCAGCUGGUUGGAAAACGUGUAGCCAGCGGCCAGGUCGCACGACCUGGAGAAUUCCCCUGGCAGGUGAAGCUGCGUUCAUUCGGCACGGUCUUCUGCGCUGGUGUCUUGGUCCAUCCUCGCUUUGUGCUAACCGCCGCUAGAUGUUUUCGAAACAACUACAACCCGCAGCUAUGGAGCGUUGUGUUGGGUGAUCUGGAUUCAGGAACAAAGCACAUUGUACACGUUGACACAAUCUUCAUACAUGGAUCCUUUCAGAUUGAUCCGUACAGAAAUGACGUGGCUGUUGUAAAGCUGGUUACCUACAAGAGACGGGAUGAUUUCCAACUCAUCUGUCUGCCAGAGAAACACGGCAAUUUCUCCAGACUACCUUGUGUCCUCACAGGCUGGGGUGCUGUAAACAGAGAAUCGUUCUUCUCGCAAACCUUGCAAAAGCAGGCAGUGUCUAUACUGGAACCUGAAGAUUGUGGACACCACAACAGCAGCCUGGAUCCUAGCCUGUAUCUGUGUGCCUCAUCACAAACUGGCGGCGGUCCCUGCCAGGGAGAUACCGGAGGACCCAUAGUAUGUCGCACCAAGAUGGGUACGUGGGAAAUAGCUGGCCUGGUGUACGAAGAAUUCGGCUGUCAGAGAUAUCCGCCCGACCGCGGACUUUACACCAACAUAGCAGCGUAUGCAGAGUGGAUUGAGAAAAUGAUUAGUAAAAAACUGUAA